AUGGCGAUUUCCUCCUCAUUCCACAAUCCUCACUUCUACUCUCUAAGCAUCUCAGUGAUUGUUAAAGCAAGUAGUGGCCCAAGGUAUGUGGUCGGUUUCAUAACUAAUUCAAUUUUGAUGAGUAAACAGGUUGGCGAGCUGGCGGGAAUAGCUGUGGGAGCAACUGUCAUGCUUAAUAUUCUUAUAGCUGUGCCACUGAUAGGAGCAUCAAUGAAUCCAGCAAGAACCUUGGGACCAGCAAUAGUUGUGUUAUGGUAUGUGAGCAUUCUUCCAGAUUGUAAGAACGUAAUUUUCAACACAUCAAAGGUUGUGGCUCAGAAAAGUGUUGGUGAUGCUUCUACAUUUGUUGAGAGUGAAUUUUCACUGUCAAGUUCAAGUUGGAGUUGGUAUGUAGAAAAAACAGCUCACAGUUGGUUCUGCAAUUGCUUGGUCAGCCAAAAAAUUGUCCCAAAGUUGACUGAGGUGCUAACUGAUACGCAUCCGCAAGUUCAGUCUGCAUGGCAGAUAACACUCCAGCAGUCCAAAAUCUUGCAAAGAAGGCUUCAGAAACUGUGGUGUUGGUAA